AUGACGGCAACCACAGAAGCGACAGAAGCCACAGAAGCACCAGUCGCGGAACACGAUACGCUCAAGUACCACCUUCUCGGCCCAUCACUUACCAAAGCAGGACAGGAUUUAGUCGACCAGACAAAGGUCUCAGAGGUCAUCUACAAUGUGUCCAAAGGAUCCAAGUACUUCAACCGCGAGGAAGCGAAAGAUCAAAUGUUGACCAAGAAGAUUGAGCGAGUUCUCGAGCAGAAACGCGGCCUCGAAAAGCUUGACCUUAGCCGAGAAUUACGCCAUGCCGAUCAACUCAUCACCCAGCUCGAAGCUUCACGCGACCUGACACAGCACAUCGUACACGUCGAUUGUGACGCCUUCUACGCUGCUGUUGAACAGCUUGACCGGCCUGAGUUAAAAGAUGUUCCAUUUGCAGUGGGUGGCGGAGUAUUGACGACAUGCAAUUAUCUGGCGAGGAAAUACGGUUGCCGGAGCGGCAUGGCUGGUUUCGUGGCGAAGAAGUUAUGUCCGGAGUUGCUGCUCAUACCGCUCAAUUUCGACAAAUAUACUUCCAAAGCACAUGAAGUGCGCGAAGUGCUGGCAGACUACGACCCGCGCUUUGAAAGCGCCAGUAUCGACGAGGCAUAUUUGAACAUUACGGAAUACUGCAUCGAGCACGCCAUGACACCGGGGGAUGCUGUGGAGCAAAUGCGCGCCGAGAUCCAUGAGAAAACCAAGAUUACCGUGUCGGCCGGCAUCGCCGCUAACGCGAAGCUUGCCAAAAUAUGUUCCAACAUGAACAAACCAAACGGUCAAUACAUACUGCCUAGUGACCGUAACGCGAUCAUGAGUUUCAUGCGAGACCUACCAACACGGAAAGUCAACGGAAUCGGCAGAGUUUUGGAACGGGAGCUGGCCGAGAUUGGCGUCAAGACAUGUGGGGAUAUCUACCCCCAGCGCCAGUUCCUGCGUCAGCUCUUCGGAGAGAAGACCUACGAGUUUCUAAUGCUGUGUUACCUGGGCCUCGGCCGGACGGAGGUCCAGCCUGCCGAAGAAUAUGAACGCAAGAGCGUAGGUACUGAGAGCACUUUUCGAGACAUGUCUGACUCUGUCCAACUUCGGGAGAAGCUCCGAUGGACCGCUGAUGAACUGGAGAAAGACAUGCGACGUGCCGAGGUCAAGGGACGAACACUGGUCCUAAAGGUGAAGCUGCACACAUACGAAGUCUUCACGAGACAAGUUGUGACGCCCAAGGCGGUGUACUUGGCCGAUGACUUAUACAACUACUCCCUGCCAAUUCUUGCCAAGCUUGAGCAGGAGAUUCCCUGCAUGAGAUUACGACUGAUGGGUCUUCGGUGCACCCAGUUGCUUAGCACGAAGAAGCCAGAUACUCGUGCUUUCUUCGGCUUCAAAGCCAAGAAGACGGACAUGGGCGGAUCGUUGGAACCGGCUACGAAACGCAAAGCGGCGGGGGCUGAAGGCGACUGGGAGACGUGGCCUGAGGAAAUUCUUAAUGGGCUCGAUGCUGAGCUAGAACCCCGUCUCCAAGAUAACGAAAUCAACCAGCCCGGGGAAAAAGUCGACGGCUAUAGACACCACGGCAAAGAGAUCACAUCGAAUCCAAGGAAAGGCCUGCCUCCGUCAGAAGAAGAAGUGUGGUGGGACUGUCCGAUUUGCAGCCGACCACAGGCCGCAGACGAGCGGCAGUUCAAUCAACAUAUUGAUAUUUGCCUCUCCAGGCAGACGAUUCGAGACGCGAUUGAGAGAGACUCGACAGAUAGCCCAGCCCCAAAAGCUGCAACGCCAAAUACGAAAAGACAGAAGACUCGCGGGGAGAAAAAGCGUGGUCGUCCUUCGUCGAACGUAUGCCCGAGGCAAAGGAAAUUAUUCUUCGGUUGA